AUGACCGUUUUUGAUAAGAAGAUAUUACGACCAACAAAACCAACGUCCUUUCGUGUGAUGAAUACAAUGGACUCAAGUGUGCCACUGGAUCCAACUCAGUCGAAUGCAUAUCCCUCGACAUUUUCUACACUACCAUAUAUAACAGAUACUUUACUUGUAACGCCCGCAUCACGCACACCGUUCAUUGAUAAACAAUCUUCAUCCUCUACACCUAUUAUAAAAGACUUGCGUACAGUUAAUAUAGAGAUAGAACGUCUUGAAAGUUUUGUUCAUGAAAAUGAAGAUGAAUCCACAUGUUAUAUUGGCCUUGAUGAUGAAAAUGAACAACAACAAUCUCAACAAGAAACUCAUGUUCAAGAAACAGUUGAAGUAAUUCCAAUUCCGUUAACAUGCGAAAGAAUAUUUUAUAGUUACGUUGAUGAUACUACAGAAAAACGUUUACGUACAUAUAUGAAAUUAAAUCAAGGAGUUUACAUUAAAUUAAAUGAUUAUGGACAGUUGACCGUAAAUGAUCAAACAAUGAGAUUAUUUCACGGUUUACAUUAUGAUCAUCGUUUUAAAUUUGAUUUUUAUUCAACAACAUUAUACAUAUUUCCGAAACAACGAAAAGAACGAUUUAUAUCAGAAAUUAAAUAUUAUCCUGAACAUAUCACACUUCGGUAUAAGACUAAAUUAGAAAUAUUAGAAAAACAACAACAACAACAUCAACAUCAACAAAAAUUUCGAAGACAAAAACAAAUUUAUUAUCGAAUUUAA